AUGGCAUCAUCAUCUUCUUCUAGGGGUAUGCGUGUGACAUGUGGACCCGUCGACGAUGAUUUAUUGUCGUUGCAAAAUAUACAUGUGUCACAGCAUGUUUGGAAUAGAGAAGAAGACAAAAGACUAAUAGCACGUCGUGCUACUCCCACGCGCACUGGAAUUGCGGGAGUUCCACAGCAAAUAAUUCCGUUACUAGAUCAAGCUGGUUUCGGAUGGAUAACCCGUCUGAAUUAUAUCAAAGUUAGUCCUGGUUUGCUAACGACUUUGGUAGAGCAUUGGAGACCAGAGACACACACAUUUCACAUGCCAUUCGGAGAGUGCACAAUUACUCUUCAAGACGUUGGCAUGCUUGUUGGUCUUCCGGUUGACGGUGAACCGGUAUUAUCUCGAGGCAUUCCAAAUAUAUUCGGAUUGGCUGAGGAGUUGUUAGGGGUUGUUCCACCGCAGUCUGAAAUUAAAGGACAUCGCGUGAGGCUAUCUUGGUUGACUGCAAACUUUGGGGACAUUGCUGAUGACAUAGAUGAUGUACAUGUGUUGGCUCGUUAUGCUAGAGCCUGGAUAUUACGUUAUCUAGGAGGAGUGCUUGUUCCCGAUAGAUCUUCGGCGUAUGUGUCCUUACGGUGGUUGGUAUUUUUGCGCGACUUUGAUAUUAUUAGGACUUAUGCAUGGGGUGCAGCUGUGCUUGGAUAUUUGUAUCGGAAUUUAUGCACCUCAACCGAUUACAAAACCCCAACCUGCGAUGGAUUUACCCUUUUAUUACAGUUAUGGGCAUGGGAACGAUUCCCAACCAUUCUGUCUUCACCAUUGCCACCUAUUCCUCCAGGCAGUCCAAUUGGUUUAAGGUGGUCAAACACUGCGACCAAAAUAAGUAUGAGCGAUGAUAUAAAAUUUUAUCGCAAAUACUUUGAUCGUACUACUAGGAAAUCUAUUAUUUGGCAACCAUAUCCCCCUGUUGAACAGAUGCCCGGUGACUGCACACAGGGGAUGCAGAUUUGGGGUUCUAUAAUCCCCUUACUUUGUCUCUGUAUUUGUGAAUGGCAUCAGCCGGAUAGGGUGAUGAGGCAAUUUGGUUGCCAACAACCAAUUCCAAAUCCUCCAAUGACUCCUACAAAUGUCCAUGCAUUGACCUUACGCGGUAAGGUUGAAGAUGACUAG